AUGGUGACACUGCGGAUGGGAUCCAAGACGUGGGUUGUGCUCAACUCGGACCACGUCGUUUCGGAAAUCAUAGCCAAGCGAGGAAAGAACACUAACGAAAGACCCCAUAUGCCCGUAGCCAGCGAUCUUGUGAGCAACGGAAAGCGCACAGUGAUACGACAGGAAAAGGAAUGGCGAGAAGGACGCCGUGUGACGCAUCAGUUACUCAGCGGCUCGAACCUCAAGGUCUAUGCUGGUAUGCAAGAGCUCGAGAGCGUGGACAUGCUGCGCCGGUAUCUUCGGGAGCCUAGCCUUUGGUUUGCUCACAGCUAUCGCUAUGCCACUUCUGUGCUUUACAGAAUCGUUAUGGGCUACCCCCUGAACAAGACAAAAGCGCAACUCGACGACUAUCAGAUGGUGACAAUCCAGUUUGUCACGUCUAUUAACCGGAGCUACGUGGAUUUCUUCCCAUCGCUUAGCAGGCUUCCCCAUUUCCUACAGCCUUGGCGGCGUUUCUGGGCCAAGAUGGGCUCGUUUCACCGCCGUGUCUUCCAGGAAUGGUUCUCUGGGGAUGACGAGGAGGCCAUGUACCUGGCCACGUCUGUUAUGGCAGCUAGGGGUGAUAACACACGCAUGACGAUCAACGUGUUCAUAAUGGCCAUGGCUACACGCCCUGAAACGCGGUCGCGGGCGCGCGAGGAAGUCGAUCGAGUGUGUACGGAUGGUGAAUCGCUCAAGCUCCCCCGGAUAUCCGAUCUGUCGGCGAUGCCCUAUGUCGCUGCCAUGAUCAAAGAAGUUCUGCGUUGGCGACCAACCGUCCCCAUUAUUCCACCACACCAGCUCACAGGGGACCUGGAGUUCGAUGGGCACUUCAUACCUGCCGGCACAUGCUUCCUGAUCAACUCGAUCGGGCUGUCGAGCGAGUUUGACAAUCCCCAUGAGUUCCGGCCCGAGAGAUGGAUUGACAAUUCAGGAGCUGAUAUGAUACCCAACUUCUGGGGAUUUGGAGGCGGCCGCAGAACAAGCUUUAACGGGCCUAUUGACGACAAGAGACUCAACCACCAAGCCCUCAAUUAG